CUCCCGCCGAAGAACUGCCUCCUCAGGGCGCAGCGGCUUUGCCACCAGAGCCGGACGACGCAGCGUCAGAGGCGGCAUCGGGCUCCGAGGAGCGCGGCGACGAGAUUGGUUCCGAGCUCGGCGUCAAACAGGAUGAGCUUGAGAGUGCCAAGCGUGAGCUUGAGGAGGAAGAGGCUCCACCGCAGGGCGCGGUAGCCAAGGUUGAGAAUGAGGAGCGCUCGCCCGAGGCGGCAGCGCCGCAGGCGGAGGAGGAGGAGGCAGCUCAGGACGAUCCGCCAGCAGGCGCUCCCCAGGUAGGGGAGUUCGUGGAUGUGCAUGGCAUCGAGGAUAGCAUCGUGCGUUGCAACCGCUGCUGUCGCACGGCAAAGGAGUGCAACUACAGGAUCAGGGCGAAGGGCCAGUCGACUUACCAGUGCGACGCGUGCAACACGAACGGGGUGCGCCUUUCUCGGAGGUUCGGACAGUGGCCGCCAAAGUGUUUCGCCAAAAUGAAGAGUGAGUUCAAGCAGCAGUUCUACAAGGGUGGCAAGUACCUUCCGCUGAGGAAGUGGGCGCACGACGGCUUCGACGCGAAAAAGAUUGAAGAUAAUGUGCAGGAUAAGAGGUGGAACCCUGAUCUCGGGGAGUGGACGUACAGGCCGCAAUUGGAGGCGGCCUGGAGCGAGACAGUGGAGGCCGCAGUGCGCAACGAGCUGUACACCGAUAAGAGGACGCAGGCGAAGCAGAGCGGCCCGCGGGCAGCGGCCUCGACGGGCGUCGCAGAGCACGGCGGCGACAAGGGCGACAGAAGCGACGAGAGCGACAUGUCCAGAUCCAGGAGCCGCUCGCGCGGCGACCGCGACAGGAGCAAGAGCCGCCGCAAGGGCAGGAGCAAGAGCCGCGGCAAGAGCAAGGACAGGAGCAAGAGCAGGGAUAAGGACGCUGAGAAGGAGCGGAGGCGACAGGAAGCGAGGGAGAAGGCCGAGCAGGCCAAGAAGGAGACGCAGGAGAAGAACCUGGCGCUGAAGUGGAUCGGCACCGCAACGAGGCUCGAGACAGAGCUGGACGGGUACCUCGAGCAUGAGAAGGCGGACAAGGUGCCGUCAUGGGCUGUGAAGAACGCGAAGGCGGCGAGGAAGUCUGUGGCAGUCAUGAAGGCGGUGGCGCAGAAGCGCGUGCACAGCGGCGUGGCGUUGACGAUCACGCAGGACGAGGCCAUCAGCAUCCAGAUGGAUGCGAGCUCGGCGGCGAGGGCCAUCGCGGGGAUGCUCAAGGAGGCGCAGAAGCACAGCACCUGA